UAUGGCUGGAUCUGGCAUCGCUAUCAGGCUGCGUGAGUUCAGAGAGUCUCAGGACUCCAAAGAACUCGACUGGACCGCAAUUUUGCCCAAAAGAACAUCAUGUCUGGGAAGAGAUGUGCGUGGUCUGUAUCCAGGCCAAGUGGCAAGAGUCCAUACCAUGAACUCAAAGGAUUGUGGUACUGAAAGGUCCAGCUGUCUCCAGAAGGUCCAGCCUCCUGAGUCUCCGUACUUUCAGCCAAGUUUCGACGUCCGGACCCUGAGGGCUCUGAGUCUCCUCCGUCAAGAUCCCGAUGCAUGGAAACAGCGCCACUGUCAGACAACUUACCAGGAGCACUUUGGACUUCAAUCUGCUUUCUUUCCUCAAUCAUAGUCUCUUCACUCCUAUGAAAUAAAAAAAAACAAAAAAAAAAACAAAAAAAAAAACAGACUAAAACAAUUUAAA